AUGAAUUUCUUAAACAAAAUAUUUGCAAGUUCACAUAAUAAAGGCUCAUUUUAAAUUGAAGAUGUUUCUGGUUCUGAAGAAGAUUAAGAUGAUAUUCCAGAACAUUAAGAAAUUCCUUAAUUUAAGAAAUAAAAUAUUCAAUAAUUGUAGAAUUACAAUUCUAGAAAAAAACCAUUACCUAAAAUGGGUUAAGCAGAUUUUUUGGCUAGAUACGAUGAAAAUUUUGAAGAUGUUUUUGGAGAUAAACCAUAAUUUAUUGAUUUCCCUAAAGGUAAGAAAAGAAGAUAGGAAGAAGAACAGGAAGAUGAUUAUGAUAAUGAAAAAAAACCAUAAAAGAAAAAGACUUAAAGUAGAGAAAGAAAAUAAUAAUCAAAAGAAUAACCUAAAGAAUAAUCAAAAUCAAAAGAAUUAUUAAAAGAUAAUAAAAAAAUUAAAGAAUUUCAAGAUAUAUUAGAUUAUAAAGAAAUUAAUCAAAAAGGUAAUGAAGACAAAGAAUUAAUUGAACCAAAAUUAUAAAAAGAACCGAAAAUAAGAUUACCCAAAUUUCCAAAAUAAAGAAAAAGGAUUGCUAAUAAUCAUCUUUCUACAUUAAGAUCAAAUUCUAAUGAUAGAGAUAGUAUUAGUAAUAAAGAUAGAGAAUCUAUAUAAUAAAAUAAUAAAUAUAAUCCAAAUGAAAUAGCAUUACCAUAAACAGCCUUACCAAAAGGAGAAAAAAAAUAAGAUAAAUAGAAAACUAUGUUUUUUACUUUUGGUAUGAAUAAUAAUAAUAAUAAUAAUAAUAAUAAUAAUAAUAAUAAUAAUAAUAAUAAUAAUAAUAAUAAUAAUAAUAAUAAUAAUAAUGAUAAUAAAGAUGAUAGUGAGAAAGAUAUAAAAAAUAAAAUAAAAAAUUUAUUUUAAAAUUAAAAAGAAAAGAAAGAUUAAAAUGAAUAAAAUUAUAAUAAUAACAAUAAUAAUAAUUAAAUAGAUUAAGUAAAAGUAAAGAAAUAGAAAAAUGAUGAAUAAAAAGAAAAUAAUAAUUAAAAAAAAUAAAGAAAAGAUAAAAAAGAGAAAGAGAAAGAGUAAAAAACGAUAAAUAAUUUGAAAGAAUUUAAUGAUAUAAAAGAGAUUCUAAAAAAUUAAAAUAGUAAAUAGAAUAGUGAAUAGAGAGAAACAAGAAAGUCAAAUAGUAUAUAGAGAGAGAAGUAAAAAGAAAAGAAAAGAGAAUAAAAGUAAUCUAGAGAGAAAGAUGAGAAGAUAAAUACAAGAUCUCCAUCUCCUGAAUUAAGACUUAUAUAAUAUGAAACAUAGAAAAGAGUGAAAAGAAGUCAUAAAAGAGUAUUAGUAGAAGAUUUGGAAAUGUUAAAUACAGAUGAUUUAUCAUUAAAUCCAAAUAUUGUAGAAUGCAAACCAAAUUUAUAUUUAGAUUACAUUCCUGUAAAUGAUUGA